AUGCCGCAAGAUGCCUUAUGGCAAAUGGAAAACCCGCAGAGUAUCAAGUAUGGGCAGUAUUAUGAUCAGUUGCGAACAAAAAUUGCGAGCAAUGAAAACUUUAGACCCGAAGAAGAAGAUAUGGAUGCUGAAAUGAAUGAUGCUAACGACUUAAAUACAGAUGUUCACAUUAAAAUGAACUCUACGGAACAGCAUUAUCUUAAAAAGGAAUUGCUUAACAUCGAAAUAAUUAGAGAGUUCAAUCAGUUAUCUCCAACAUAUAAUGACAUUACAGGCUUGAGACGAUUUGGUCCACCUUUUAAAAAUUAUUCACCAAAUGAGACAAGACACCAGUUUAUUGAUGAUAGGCCAGUGGAGUUAUUUAGAAAGCAAUUUCCCAUUUUAAGAUUUGUUUGGGAGCAAUAUAUAAUGACCUUUCCCUUUAUUCAGAUGCAUUUAAAGAAGCUUCACAAAGGAUCUAGGGGGGAAGGAUUCUUUUGGGAUAAGCUUCAAGAGUUGUUUGAGUCAUGGAAAUCGAAAAAAAUUAGCAAUAGCAACGAUCGUGGGGAGCUAUCUAAAAGGCAGCUUGCAUUAUACAAAUUGAAGGCUUUGUUUGUCAUGUUAUUUAAUUCUGCUAUUCGGUGUACUGGUGACUCUGUUUAUUUCAGCACAGAUAGUACGGAAAGAAAUGCUUAUAAAAACAUCUCAAAACUGAUUGGCGAUCAUAAUAACAGUAAUAAUACCAAUAAUAAUACUAAUGAUGAAACUAAUGAAUUUACCCGGGAUUCAGUAAAUAUGCUCGAUGAUACACAAAGCAUUUUAACGACGUCAGAUCUCGAAAGUUUAAACAGUAUGGACGAGAAUUUUGAUUUUAUAGAUGGUUUAGCCGUUAAUAUAUGUGGUGUUAAACUCGUCAAGGCUAAAAAAUUACGACCAAGAAAGAGGGGGUUCUCCCAUUAUGGCUUCAUAAUUCAUGUGCAAAAGGAAGACAAUGGAAAGGCAUGGUUUAUCAUACGAACCUAUUCGGAUUUUAUGAAAUUUCAUAGAAGGAUCAAACUGUUAUAUCCAGAUACUAAAAUUCCGGCUUUGCCUACUAAAGAUAGGGCCAGGUUGUCGUUUGAUGAGAUAUCAACUGUACAGUCAGAUACUAGCAGCGAGUCCGAUAGGGACUCAAUGAUACCAAGUUCAUCAAUAUUAUCAGACUCAGAAAUUUUACCGAGUGAUACACCUUUUGAUGUAGGAAAUCUUCAAAAAGGAUUUUUGAGUUCAUUUGGCUUAGGAUCAAAUCCUAUUAAGCAAAAUGGUAAUACUAGCUCGAAAUCGAUUCCGAAGAAGAAAUAUCCGCGAGAGAGUAUGAGAAUUUCGUUAAGGGGAUACCUGAAAACCCUUUGUGGACUUAGCGAGGUUCGGAAUUCACAUGAAUUUAAGCAAUUCAUAUUGGAGGCCCAGUAUACACCUGAUACUGAUGAUAUGAACGAUAUGGCUGCCAGAGCUAACUUUGACUACUUAGUAAACGUUCAACAUUUGAAUUUUCAAAAGGAAACAAUAAAACUUAUCAAGAAAAUGGAGACAUCACUUUCUGCUUUGAAGGGAUCCGUGUUAGAUCUGGGAAUGGAGUACGUUUUCAAUGAACUUAGAGCAAAUAAGAAGAUAGAGACAUUAUCCGCUCCGUUUCGGGCACUUAUUCAAUUAAUUGAACUUGAGGUAGCCAGUACAGAGUACGAGCUUUUAAUAGGUAAUGACGGUGCACGUGAAACCUUUCGCAGUGUCAAACGAAUUCAUUCACUAUUUCCGUAUAGAGUGAUUGCUAUGAUAAUGAGAUUCACGAACCCCUUGCAAAUUGCGAAGAAAAUAAUUGAUCUUUUCACCUACCAAAUGCCCCAUGUAUUUCAUCAGGGCAAGCGUCAAUCUAUGUUGCAAACACUUUUUACGGGUAUGUUGAAUGACGAAAUAAAGAAAAUGGACAUUGAUACGGAGGAGGUUUCCAAUCAAUAUGUUGAACGGGUAAAUGAUUUAACUGAAUCAGGAGAGGUUAGCCCACAAUGGUUUGUGCAACUUGUAUUAAAGAAGAUUGAUGAAUAUUUUAAUUAUUCGGACGUGGAGGUUUUACAUAUUAAAAAAAAUGCGGAAUAUUAUAAUAUGGACCUUUUGUUGAGCAUUUUACUUUAUUCGAAUGAUAAUGGAACAAAGUUAACCGAUGAAUGCUUAUUGUACCUUAUUGAACAUUGUAAGGAUGGGGAAAACAUGGAUGCAGAGUCUCGUCAAAGUCACAUUUCUGGAAGAAAACUUCCAAUUUAUCUUUUGGCAAAAAUUUACUUUAAGCUCAAACUUCGAAGAUAUGAUAGAUCUAUGCUAGUAGAACUCUGGCAAGAGCCGGAGAUGAUAGAGGUUACCAAGGAAGUGAUUUCGAUCUUUUUUGAACCUUUAAUAUUGUUGUUCAAAAAAGCGGAGAUGUACAAGUAUAUCCCCAUUUUUUCUAAAUAUAUGAGUGAGCUCAUCAGACUGGUUGAAUACUAUCAAAAGGAUUACAGCAGAUUUAAACAGACUGAUAUUGUUACUUCUUUCAUGGGAUUGGAAAACAAAUAUGCCGAAUAUGGCUAUCAAUUUUUGCAUAAUUUAUAUAUUAAUGACAUGAGCGUGAAAUGUGAGGACGACAGAAUAUUUGAUAGUUUAGCCAAAUGGUUUGAUCGAAUAAUCAGGCUAUUGAAAAUUGCACGAGAACUACCAGAUGAACAAACAAUUGAUAUGAAUAAGUUGCUUGAAGUUGUGAUCCCAGAGGAGGCUGAGAGAAUUAAGAUCGUGCAGAAAGUUGACCAGAUUAUAGAUGAAAUUGAUGCCAAGAAGAAGUACUAUGAGAUUUUAAGAAGGCAGAAUACAGGACACAACAGUGUGUCAGCAGAUCCUAUUGACAAUGAUUAUUUGAAACGUGUGAGGAAUAAAAAACUAACAAAAAAUUGGAAUAAGAUCAAUGAACAUGUGAUGAAUCUGACGAACAAGUUAGCUGCAGAACAAGAAUCUCGGCAGUCUGGAUUGUAUGAUGCGGUCGGAAUCAAUAAGACCGAUUUGGAGGAAAUGAAUCUAGACUUGAAAAGUGAACCAGAUGACGCCCCUCCUGAUUCUAAUGAACAGCAUUGGAUGAGUGCAUUUAAAUCGUCAAAGCUAUUCCUUAAAGCAUAUAGGAAGGCAAUUUCAGAUGGAAGUCUAGAAAGUGAUGAAGAAUUUAGGAACUUGCAGGAAUGGGAAGAUGUGCAGUAUCGUGAUGAUAUAGGAUUACUCAGUGAAGCAUUCAAAAACAUUCUUUAUAAAAGACUAACCGGUUUUGCAGAGUUGGAGGCAACGCAGAAGGCUGCUUAA